GUCCUGCUCCUCAUCCUCCUCCCUCUCUUCCUGCUCUUCCUCCUUCGCGAGCCAGGAGACUGCAUGUCGACGACGGCAUCGCCGGAGAUGUCAGAAGAUUUGAGAUGUCUUCGUCAGAAGCCUCCCGUUGCCAUCGCGGCCCAAGGAGCCAGCAGGCUCAGCAUGCCGCGUCCCCCCAAUUGAGACCCACGGCGGUUUUGCCGCGCCUACGCUCCAUUUAUGUUCGGACUUCAUGCCGGUGCAGCUCGCACACAUCUGAUCAUCAUGGCCACUGCGGUCGCCGCUGGGCCCGCCGCCGCGCUCAGCCUCGACCUGGUGCCGGCGGCCGCUGGCCCGGCCGGCCCCCGCGGCGCGCCGGCGCCCGCUGCCGAGGCUCGGCCGGCGCCCGCGGGCCCGGCCGCGCCCUCGGCGCCGCCCGUGGCGAGCUCGAGGGGCCUCCCCGAGCCGUGGGCACCGCCGGGCUCUGCGCCGCAGGGCGCCGCGGGCGGCAGCGGCGGCGGCGCCGCCGCCGGGCCGCCGAGGUCGGGCUCCAGCGGCACGGCGCGCUCUGGGGAGGACUGGGCGGAGCACCUGCAGGCCACUGCGGACUGGCGGCUGCGGCUCCAGCCCGGCGCGCUCGGCGUGCUGGGCUUCUCCGCUGUGCCGAUAACAGUCUUCUUCUGCGCCGCGCGGCUGGUCGACAGCAGCUCGCCGUCGGUGUCGCGGGCGGGGCUCCACAGCUGGCGUAAGGCCCACGUCCACUCCGACAGCGAGGGGCUGGUCUCGACCCGGUCAGGCGUGCUGUCGGGGUCGUCGGGCGCGACAGGCUCAGAGCCUACGUCGCCUCUGCUGAGGUUACAUGUGCAGGUCAUGCUUUGCGCAGCGCCUGUACGUCAUUAUCGGAGGCGCUUGCGGCGAGCCACCGCCGCCCCCUGCCCUGUUGACACGCCGGUUGAGGCCAGAUAGUUCAGGAGGAGCGGCAUGAGGUGUUCGCGCUUGCGUGACAGGGCUUAGCGCGGCAUCUAACAGAAGCGAGCUUGCAUUCCACAGCCACGUUCCUCCACCUGUUGCCGCAACGACUCGGGGAACACGGAAGCGGGGAUCCGCAGGAAUGCCUUCAAAGCGAGGCGCCUCUGACCGAGAACCCGAUCUUCGAUGUUGAAGACAUGCAGGAAGUGCUUUCAAAAAAGAGUUCCUGGAGGUACCUUCUGGGCUCGGACUGGGACACGCCUGGUGCGCCCGGCGCGCGCGGGCAGAUCCUCGGAAAGGGUCCCUCCGGGCGCGGUGGGGCCCGGCUCUCGCGCGCCAGGGGUCGACUUUGGGAGGCUGUCUCGACGGAAGCACUGUUCGGGGAAUGGCAGUUGGUACGAUCACCCGUGCUUCGCGGCUUGUUGGCCCCGCAAGGGUGCUGGAAGAUUUUUCGGUUUCGGUGGUCACAGGGCUGAUCACUUGUGCCGUCAGCGAUCUAAGUACAGAAGUUCGCCGUUGGGUGCACGCUCUGUAGUUGCACAUCGCGGUGUACAAAUCUGCAUGUGAUGGCGAGUCGCAGUCAGUUCAUACGACAGCGUUGUGUUCCAGACUAGCUGGAGCGAAGUGUAGCGGCUCUUUGCCCUCCCCCGCCUAACUUGCCGCGUUUUGAACACUAGCGACCGCAUGCUGUUUUCGCUCAGCGAAGUAUCAGAACAAGUUCUGGCACAAGUUUGCAACGUGUUGGACGUUUGCUGUGUAGUUCCACCGUCUUUAACUCUUCCUCAGUAGCAGAGGGUGACGUCGGUCGUUUUGUCUUCGUGUUCAGGCCAGUCUGAAGAGGUGACGCGGACGCCCACAGAUUGCGCAGCCGAGCCUACAAGAGAAAGCGCUGUCGGGCAUCGCAGCUUUGAGGCCGUCACCAGUCAUGCUGUGGAGCCCUUGCUACCUACACCUCCCAGGGUCC